GUCAGAAGACGACAAUAACUACAUGCCCCUAAUCGAGCCAUCCAAUCCCUCACUGCCCCCCUGCCCCCAGGACCCUUCAACGAACACGCCCUCCUUCCCAUAGCCGCCCAGCAUGAGUCGAUCCUCUCGCGAUCGCUCGGCCAGCCCGCCAGCCCGCCCCGAUCGUCCCGGACGCACUCAUCGAUCCCAUCGAUCGCAUCAUCGCAAAGCGGCCAAAGAGAACGGCAAAUCCGCGUCCUCGUCCGCCAAACGCCGCUCGCGCAGUCGCACGCGCAGCCGGAGUCGCUCCCGCCAACGCGAUCGCCGCUCCUCCGCCCAUCACCAUCGCCGUCGUCGCCGCUCGCGCUCCUCACACAAACGCCACCGGCGGGAUCGCGACCGGGAUGAGCGUCGACGUCGACGGCGGGAUCGCUCGUCGUCCUCGAGCUCGUCGAGCUCCUCGGUCCAGGCCUUGGGUGAGGGCUCAUCCGGAUCGGACAUCGAGGCGGUCAUGCCCAUGACCGUGACCAAUUUGGUGGCCCCGCCCCCGGUCUCGCCCACGGGCCAGCAUCAAGCCGGAGUGGUGUUGAAUAAGAUCAAGAAAUUCACGGAAGUGGAACGCAUGGCCGACAUGGAACGGCAAAGACGUCAGAAAGAAGCCGAACAAAAAGCCGUGGAGGAAGCGGCCACCAAACGCAUUGAAGAGCUGGUGGCCCAACGUGUGGAGGAAGAAUUGGAACGUCGACGCGAGGAGAUCGAAGCCGAGGUCUUGAGACGGGUGGAAGAGGCCAAGAAGGUCAUGGAGGCCCAGAUGUUGCAAGAGAUUGAGAAGCGCAAGCAAGAGCAACUCGAAGAGGCCCAAAGACGAGAGGACGAGGAUCGACGACGUCGAGAGGAAGCGGAGAGAAUCAUGGCUGACAAUCAGAAGAAGAUCGAGGAACAACAGAGAAAGAUGGCCGAAGAGCGGCUCAGGAUGAUUGAGGAGCAAAUGAAGAUCGAGCAAGAGAAACAGAAACUCAAAAAGAAAGAAGAUAAGCGCGCCAAAGAGGAGCAAAUGAAAAUCCUCGGCAAAGGCAAAGCUCGGCCUAAAUUGUCGUUCUCUCUGGGCAACUCGUCCUAGGUUCUCUCUUUGAGUCGUCAAUGAGGGACGUUACUCCCUCAACCCGUUGUUGGUGCUUCGCUCCAAGGAACACGGAUGGAUCCUGCAGUCGCACGGGUACCCUCUCUGUUCAAUGAUAUUUCUUUCAGGUGUUUUCUUUCAUCUUAUACUAAAUCAAUGCCAUCCCUCCCAAAAUUAACCUGGCACCCGACUUUCAUUUUCAUGUUAGAACAGACUCUUCAAUUUUCAGAAAUACAUGCUAUAAUCAUUUGCCCGAGA